AGAGAGAGAGAGAGAAAGAGAGAGCGGCGCUCCAGUCGAGAAGAGAGCGACAACAUCCGGGACAGUGAGCUCGCGCAGGAGCGCAAUGGCGGCGGAGGCGAGCCGAGGGCCUUUUGGACCUGGCCGCCAAAGUUGCAGCUGAGUCGAGACGCUGAGGUAUCGCGAUGAGGGCACUCGGUCGCAGAAGUUGGAAUCUGAACCGGAGUUGAAGGAGAGGCGCUCCUCAUCCAAUGAAGAUGGCGGCCCAGUCCCAGACCGUCGCCAUUCCUGUUUAUUGUGUUUUUGUAGGCCAGCGAGCUGCCCUUGGAGGACCUGCUGGCACUUUAUGGCUACACGGUGUCUGAUCCAGCCAAGCAGAAGUGUCGUGUCGCCGCCAAUCUGCCAGGCAUGACUCUGGAUAAGAAGCAGAUAACCGAGGACCUUUUCCAAGGAGAAGAGGGAGUCGAGUCCUCCGCUGAUGAACUCACCCCUUCGGUCACUUCCACUACCUCUGACCUGCUUCGCCAGCUGCCUGCCGGCGACAAAGACACACCGGUCAGCUCAUGUGACGAGGAUUCGGACAAUGUAUCUCUUCCCUCCAAUGAAGAACACAAGGAGAUCAUGGUCGGUUCCAUGUACCAGGCAACAAUCCCUCCACUCAGUCCCUAUACUUACCAGGAAAUAGCGUACAACAGCGGGGACCAGUUGUUGUGGAGACCAGGGGCUUUGACGGCGCAGGAAGUGGAGACGUUCUUGCUGAGAGCGCAGAGGCCGGGGGAAAUGUGCAAACAGACGCGUACCGGCACCGCCCGAGACAACGAACAGGCGCUGUAUGAGCUGGUGAAAUGCAACUUCAACACAGACGAGGCACUGCGACGAUUGAGCUUCAAUGUGAAAGUGUUCAGUGAGGAGCUGUGCAGCUGGAAUGACGAGGAGUGCGGGAGUUUCGAGCAAGGCUACAAAGUUUACGGGAAAAACUUCCACCUCAUUCAAGCUAACAAGGUACGCACCCGCUCCGUGGGGGAGUGUGUGGAGUAUUACUACAUGUGGAAGAAGUCUGAGCGCCACGACUUGUUCACUCAGCAAGCCACCAGGAUCACCCGCAAGAAGUACUCCCUGCAGUUGGAGAGCGUGGACGAAGGAGACCAGGACGGGGACGCUGGCGACGUGGAGGCAAGCAAUCAUUCUGCCGCCUUGUUGUCCCGCAGUUCCGCAGUCUCCGGGAAGCUGGCGCCACCUUUACCGCCGCACUCCAGCAUGGAACUAGACAAACGAGAUGAAGACCUGCUGACGGGGCGCUGUGGCGACGGACGACCUCAGAAGCCGUCCGGCUGCCCCGCCCCCGUCCCCGCGCAUCAGAAGGACGUCCUCCCAGCCAACUGCUGCCCAACGGGUCCGGCCCAGCUCCGGCGCACCUGCCAGGACCUUCUGACCUGCCGGGACCAUCGGCACCCUGCGGCCUUCUUCCACUUCCACGUGAGUGACGGCCCUUUUAUCUCCUCGGAGGCGGCAGCGGGCGUGCCCGCCGACUCCUCCGUCAGCCGCGGGUGGGACUUUACCUGCUGCGGGCCUCCUCGCCCUCGCCUGCCGCCUUCUCGGCAUGCUCCGCCCCCUCCGUCCACUCCAGGCACUUGGAAACAUCCCAAGGAAUCCGCUCUGAAAGCAAGCAGAACAAGAAGGACUUUGCAGCAAUAAGUGAGGAGCAGACUUGAUUUGUCCUCCACCCACCUCCUCCACGGCAGCAUCAGGUCAGGUCCUAGUCCACAGGCCGCUGACUCAUGACUCGCGUCUGGCUUCUUGCAGCACGCACUCUUCACUUGCUCAGACCUCACAAAGUCUGGGACUAAUAUUCACUCUGGUUUCAUAGGGGGAACGGGCAACGGGCGCAUAUCUUUUUCUUUUUUUCAUGCAUUCUAAAUCGUAAAGAAACACUAGCAGAAGUCAGCUAACAAUAGAGCCAAAGGGAGUCGCCAUAUUCUGCCUAUAAAGCGCUCUAAAAACAUCCAAAAACCUCCAUUAUUGAUUUAUAUACUCAUUGUAAGUAGUUAUCUAAUGUUGUAACUUUCAUAAUAACAUGUAAUGUUUACGUACUUUGCUCAUUUUAAGCAUACGGCGGCGCAUUCAUUUUACAGAAGCAUCCGCCGCUUAUAUUUUUGAGCCUGAAUAUAAGGAGGAUGAGCUACAAGUUUUAGAAGCUGAGUGCUAAGAUCCAGCUGGAGUAGCAGUAUAAGCAAAAAAAUUGUUGGAAAAUUCAGUGUCUUAAAAUUCAGGGUAUAACAUUUUAGCGUAAAGAAAACCCAUGUUUUGUUAAAAUACAGUGUGGAAAAAAGUAUAUAACAAAUAUUUAUCCACUGAAUCAUUUUAUACUUAAUUUUCAUACGCACUGAACCCGAAAAGAACAAGUGGUACAAAAUGGAUGAAUGGUUGAAUUCAAAACUCUGUAUUUUAAGAAAUGGGAAUUUUUAAACCCAAUUUUUACAGCGGCGUAUUAAUUUCACAGAAGCAUCCGCUGCUUAUAUUUUUGAGCCUGAAUAUAAGGAGGAUGAGCUACAAGUUUUAAAAGCUGAGUGCUAAGAUCCAGCUGGAGUAGCAGUAUAAGCAAAAUAAUUGUUGGAAAAUUCAGUUUCUUAAAAUUCAGGGUAUAACAUUUUAGCGUAAAGAAAACCCAUGUUUUGUUAAAAUACAGUGUGGAAAAAAAGUAUAUAAAUAAAUAUUUAUCCACUGAAUUCUUUUAUACUUAAUUUUCAUAAGCACUGACCCCGAAAGGGACAAGUGGUACAAAAUGGAUGAAUGGUUGAAUUCAACACUCUGUAUUUUAAGAAAUAGGAAUUUUUAAACACAAUUUUUACAGCGGCGUAUUAAUUUCCCAGAAGCAUCCGCUGCUUAUAUUUUUGAGCCUGAAUAUAAGGAGGAUGAGCUACAAGUUUUAGAAUCUGAGUGCUAAGAUCCAGCAUUAGUGAAACUCUAUAGCAUCAUGUAGCAGUAUAAACAAAUUCUUUGCUGAAAAAUUCAGUUUGUUAAAAUUCAGGGUAUAAAAUUUCAGCAUAAAGAAAACCCAGGGUUUAAAAAUGAUGUUUGUUGUAAAAUACAGCGUGUGGAAAAAGAAGUAUAUAACAAAUAUUUAUCCACUGAAUUAUUUUAUACAUAAUUUUUACAGGCACUGACCCCGGGAGGCACAAGCGGUAGAAAAUGGAUGAAUUCAAAACACUGUAUUAUAAGAAAUUACAUUUUUGAACACACCAUUUUUACAGCGGCGCAUUCGUUUCACAGAAGCAUCCGCUUCUUAUAUUUUUGAGCCUGAACAUAAGGAGGAUGAGCUACAGGUUUUAAAAGCUGAGUGCUAAGAUCCAGCUGGAGUAGCAGUAUAAGCAAAAUAAUUGUUGGAAAAUUCAGUUUCUUAAAAUUCAGGGUAUAACAUUUUAGCGUAAAGAAAACCCAUGUUUUGUUAAAAUACAGUGUGGAAAAAAGUAUAUAACAAAUAUUUAUCCAAUGAAUUCUUUCAUAGUUAAUUUUCAUACGCACUGACCCCGAAAGGGACAAGUGGUACAAAAUGGAUGAAUGGUUGAAUUCAAAACUCUGUAUUUUAAGAAAUAGGAAUUUUUGAACACAAUUUUUACAGCGGCGCAUUAAUUUCACAGAAGCAUCCGCUGCUUAAAUUUUUGAGCCUGAAUAUAAGGAGGAUGAGCUACAAGUUUUAGAAGCUGAGUGCUAAGAUUCAGUUUAGUAGCAGUAUAAACAAAUGAAUAGUUGGAAAAUUCAGUUUCUUAAAAUUCAGGGUAUAACAUUUUAGCGUAAAGAAAACCCAUGUUUUGUUAAAAUACAGUGUGGAAAAAAAGUAUAUAAAUAAAUAUUUAUCCACUGAAUUCUUUUAUACUUAAUUUUCAUACGCACUGACCCCGAAAGGGACAAGUGGUACAAAAUGGAUGAAUGGUUGAAUUCAAAACUCUGUAUUUUAAGAAAUGGGAAUUUUCAAACCCAAUUUUUACAGCGGCGUAUUAAUUUCACAGAAGCAUCCGCUGCUUAUAUUUUUGAGCCUGAAUAUAAGGAGGAUGAGCUACAAGUUUUAAAAGCUGAGUGCUAAGAUCCAGCUGGAGUAGCAGUAUAAGCAAAAUAAUUGUUGGAAAAUUCAGUUUCUUAAAAUUCAGGGUAUAACAUUUUAGCGUAAAGAAAACCCAUGUUUUGUUAAAAUACAGUGUGGAAAAAAAGUAUAUAAAUAAAUAUUUAUCCACUGAAUUCUUUUAUACUUAAUUUUCAUACGCACUGACCCCGAAAGGGACAAGUGGUACAAAAUGGAUGAAUGGUUGAAUUCAAAACUCUGUAUUUUAAGAAAUGGGAAUUUUCAAACCCAAUUUUUACAGCGGCGUAUUAAUUUCACAGAAGCAUCCGCUGCUUAUAUUUUUGAGCCUGAAUAUAAGGAGGAUGAGCUACAAGUUUUAAAAGCUGAGUGCUAAGAUCCAGCUGGAGUAGCAGUAUAAGCAAAAUAAUUGUUGGAAAAUUCAGUUUCUUAAAAUUCAGGGUAUAACAUUUUAGCGUAAAGAAAACCCAUGUUUUGUUAAAAUACAGUGUGGAAAAAAAGUAUAUAAAUAAAUAUUUAUCCACUGAAUUCUUUUAUACUUAAUUUUCAUACGCACUGACCCCGAAAGGGACAAGUGGUACAAAAUGGAUGAAUGGUUGAAUUCAAAACUCUGUAUUUUAAGAAAUGGGAAUUUUCAAACCCAAUUUUUACAGCGGCGUAUUAAUUUCACAGAAGCAUCCGCUGCUUAUAUUUUUGAGCCUGAAUAUAAGGAGGAUGAGCUACAAGUUUUAAAAGCUGAGUGCUAAGAUUCAGUUUAGUAGCAGUAUAAACAAAUGAAUAGUUGGAAAAUUCAGUUUCUUAAAAUUCAGGGUAUAACAUUUUAGCGUAAAGAAAACCCAUGUUUUGUUAAAAUACAGUGUGGAAAAAAAGUAUAUAAAUAAAUAUUUAUCCACUGAAUUCUUUUAUACUUAAUUUUCAUACGCACUGACCCCGAAAGGGACAAGUGGUACAAAAUGGAUGAAUGGUUGAAUUCAAAACUCUGUAUUUUAAGAAAUGGGAAUUUUCAAACCCAAUUUUUACAGCGGCGUAUUAAUUUCACAGAAGCAUCCGCUGCUUAUAUUUUUGAGCCUGAAUAUAAGGAGGAUGAGCUACAAGUUUUAAAAGCUGAGUGCUAAGAUUCAGUUUAGUAGCAGUAUAAACAAAUGAAUAGUUGGAAAAUUCAGUUUCUUAAAAUUCAGGGUAUAACAUUUUAGCGUAAAGAAAACCCAUGUUUUGUUAAAAUACAGUGUGGAAAAAAAGUAUAUAAAUAAAUAUUUAUCCACUGAAUUCUUUUAUACUUAAUUUUCAUACGCACUGACCCCGAAAGGGACAAGUGGUACAAAAUGGAUGAAUGGUUGAAUUCAAAACUCUGUAUUUUAAGAAAUAGGAAUUUUUAAACACAAUUUUUACAGCGGCGUAUUAAUUUCACAGAAGCAUCCGCUGCUUAUAUUUUCGAGCCUGAAUAUAAGGAGGAUGAGCUACAAGUUUUAGAAGCUGAGUGCUAAGAUCCAGCUGGAGUAGCAGUACAAGCAAAUUAUUUGUUGGAAAAUUCAGUUUCUUAAAAUUCAGGGUAUAACAUUUUAGCGUAAAGAAAACCCAUGUUUUGUUAAAAUACAGUGUGGAAAAAAGUAUAUAACAAAUAUUUAUCCACUGAAUUCUUUUAUACUUAAUUUUCAUACGCACUGACCCCGAAAGGGACAAGUGGUACAAAAUGGAUGAAUGGUUGAAUUCAACACUCUGUAUUUUAAGAAAUAGGAAUUUUUAAACACAAUUUUUACAGCGGCGUAUUAAUUUCCCAGAAGCAUCCGCUGCUUAUAUUUUCGGGCCUGAAUAUAAGGAGGAUGAGCUACAAGUUUUAGAAUCUGAGUGCUAAGAUCCAGCAUUAGUGAAACUCUAUAGCAUCAUGUAGCAGUAUAAACAAAUUCUUUGCUGAAAAAUUCAGUUUGUUAAAAUUCAGGGUAUAAAAUUUCAGCAUAAAGAAAACCCAGGGUUUAAAAAUGAUGUUUGUUGUAAAAUACAGCGUGUGGAAAAAGAAGUAUAUAACAAAUAUUUAUCCACUGAAUUAUUUUAUACAUAAUUUUUACACGCACUGACCCCGGGAGGGACAAGCGGUAGAAAAUGGAUGAAUUCAAAACACUGUAUUAUAAGAAAUUACAUUUUCGAACACACCAUUUUUACAGCGGCGCAUUCGUUUCACAGAAGCAUCCGCUUCUUAUAUUUUUGAGCCUGAACAUAAGGAGGAUGAGCUACAGGUUUUAGAAUCUGAGUGCUAAGAUCCAGCAUUAGUGAAACUAUAGCAUCAUGUAGCAGUAUAAACAAAUUAUUUGCUGAAAAAUUCAGUUUGUUAAAAUUCAGGGUAUAAAAUUUCACCAUAAAGAAAACCCAGUGUUAAAAAUGAUCUUUGUUAAAAUACAGGGUGUGGAAAAAGAAGUAUAUAACAAAUAUUUAUCCACUGAAUUAUUUUAUUCCUAAUUUUUAUACGCAUUGACCCUGACAGGGACAAACGGUAGAAAAUGGAUGAAUUCCAAACAACGUAUUUUAACAAAUUUAAUUUUCAAACACACCAUUUUUACAGCGGCGCAUUAGUUUCACAGAUGCAUUUGCUUCUUAUAUUUUUGAGCCUGAACAUAAGGAGGAUGAGCUACAAGUUUUAGAAUCUGAGUGCUAAGAUCCAGCAUUAGUGAAACUAUAGCAUCAUGUAGCAGUAUAAACAAAUUAUUUGCUGAAAAAUUCAGUUUGUUAAAAUUCAGGGUAUAAAAUUUCAGGCUAAAGAAAACCCAGUGUUUAAAAAUGAUGUUUGUUAAAAUACAGUGUGUGGAAAAAGAAGUAUAUAACAAAUAUUUAUCCACUGAAUUAUUUUAUACAUAAUUUUUACACGCACUGACCCCGGGAGGGACAAGCGGUAGGAAAUGGAUAAGUUUUAACAAAUUUAAUUUUCAAACACACCAUUUUUACAGCGGCGCAUUAGUUUCCCAGAUGCAUCCGCUAUUCCCUUCAACAACAACACUACUAAUCAUGACAACACUGGACAAAUGACUAAUCAGAACCUUCUAUUUUUGAGCCUGAACAUAAGGAGGAUGAGCUACAAGUUUUAGAAGCUGAGCGCUAAGAAGAUCCAGCUUUAGUGAAACACUAUAGCAUCAGGUAGCAGUAUUGCUAAGUGCUAAACAAGAAAUAUAAACUACGAACAUAAUAAAACAAUCACCUACUGUAUAAUGUCUGCUCUCAUUGGGAUGUCGACUGAUGGGAUGUUUAUAUCUUCCCGCUUAGUUAAAGAAUGAAUCAUGAUCCUCACAAAGGGUUCAAUGGAAAAAGUGUCUUUUUGUGGCUUUCUGGCCAUCUCCAGGUCUAAGUUGGAUGUCAAAAGUUGACCAACUUCUCGUUUUAUGUCCACAACUUUCUACCAUCCAGGUGAGAGGCAGGAUUUAGAAUGCAGACAUAAUAACAAUAUCUCUAAUAAUUGGUUAAUAUUCAGGUCACGACAUGUAUUGUUGGCGCUUUUUGGAUGUUUUUUAAAAGGCUUUAUGGGUGGAAUAGUGUUAGCCACCAUGUACUAGCCAUAUUUUACUCUUUAGAAUGCAUUAAAAAAAGAAAAGCAUGUGUUCCUGUCUUACAUACAGACAAAAUUCACCCCAAAAAUCUCCCCUUUAAGAACACAAAAUAUGCAGACUGGAAUUAAAAACUGUUUGAGCACAUAUUUGAAGUACAAUUAUGGAAGUUAAUUUUUGUCUUUGUUAGCGAAGCUUUCUUUGGACGCUUCAUUUGUAUGUAACUUCAUUUUUUCUCUUUGAAUUUUGUGAAAAAUAAAAAUAAAAAAAAUAUUUUUUACAUCAAACUAUGCUGACAGUUGGUAUUAGAUGUAAUAUUGUGAGCAAAAUGUAUGUUAAAAAUAUUUUUUUGUUUUAAAAUUCAGUGUGUAAAAAUAUUAUAUUUGUUAAAAUACAAUGUUUUAAAAUUCAGUGUCUAAAAAAAAUAAAAUUAAAAAAAAUUAUAUAUAAAGAAAUGUAGUGCUUAGAAAUUCAGAUGGUUAAAAUUCACUGUAUGUAAAUUCAGUGCUUAAAAAAAUUCAGCGUUAAAAUGUUUAAAAAUUAUGCGUAAAAAAAUGAGUGUUUCAAAAAUGAUGCUUGUAAAAUACACUGUUUAAAAAUUCUGUGUCUAAAAAAUUUAAGUGUAUACAAGUUUAAAAAAAAAAUCAGUGUAUAAAAAUUCAGUGCUUAAAAAUUCAGCAUAAAAAAUUGUUUAAAAAUGAUGUUUCUUAAAAUACACUGUUUAAAAAUUCAGUGUCUAAAAAAUGUAAGUGUAAACAAAUUUAACAAAAAAAUUCAGUGUAAAAAAAAUUCAGCGUAUAGAAAUUCAGCAUAAAAAAAUUCUGUGUUUAAAAAUGUAAACAAAUUUAACAAAAAAAUUCAGUGAAUAAAAAUUCAGCAUAAGAAAAUUGAGUGUUUAAAAAUGUUUCUCAAAAUACACUGUUUAAAAAUUCUGUGUCUAAAAAAUUUAAGUGUAAACAAGUUUAACAAAAAAAUCAGUGUAUAAAAAUUCAGUGCUUAAAAAUUCAGCAUAAAAAAUUGAGUGUUUAAAAAUGUUGUUUCUCAAAAUACACUGUUUAAAAAAUCAGUGUCUAAAAAAUGUGUAAACAAAUUUAACAAAAAAAUUCAGUGUAUAAAAAUUCAGCGUAUAGAAAUGCAGCAUAAAAAAAUUCUGUUUAAAAAUGUAAACAAACUUAACAAAAAAAAAUCAGUGUCUAAAAAUUCAGUGCUUAAAAAUUCAGCAUAAAAGAAUUCUGUGUUUAAAGAUGUAAACAAAUUUAACAAAAAAAAUCGAUGUAUAAAAAAUCAGUGCUUAGAAAUUUAGCAUAAAAAAAUUGAGUGUUUAAAAAUGUUGUUUCUCAAAAUACACUGUUUAAAAAUUCAGUGUCUAAAAAAUUUAAGUGUAAACAAAUUUAACAAAAAAAAUUCAGUGUAUAAAAAUUCAGUGUAUAGAAAUUCAGCAUAAAAAAAUUCUGUUUAAAAAUGUAAACAAAUUUAACAAAAAAAUAUCAGUGUAUAAAAAUUCAAUGCUUAAAAAUUCAGCAUAAAAAAAUUGAGUGUUUAAAUUGAUGUUUCUUAAAAUACACUGUUUAAAAAUUCAGUGUCUAAAAAAUUUAAGUGUAAACAAAUUUAAAGAAAAAAAUCAGCGUAUAGAAAUUCAGCAUAAAAAAAUUCUGUUAAAAAAUGUAAACAAAUUUAACAACAAAAAAUCAGUGUCUAAAAAAUCAGUGCUUAAAAAUUUAGCAUAAAAAAGUUGAGUAUUUAAAAAUGUUUCGUGAAAUACACUGUUUAAAAAUUCAGUGUCUAAAAAAUUAAGUGUAAACAAAUUUAACAUAAAAAAUUCUGUUUUUAAAAAUUCAGCAUAAAAAAAUUCUGUUUAAAAAUGUUUUUGAAAUACACUGUUUAAAAAUUCAGUUUUUAAAAAAUUUAAGUGUAGACAAAUUCAACAUAAAAAAACUCAGCGCUUAAAAUUCGAACAUAAAAUAAAUCAGUGUUUAAAAAUGAGUGUGUAAAAUUUAAGUGUAUAAAAAAAUUCCCUUUUUUCAAACUCCGUGAUUAAAAUUUCAGUGUAAAAAAUGUAAUAUUCAAAAAGUCCCUUUGUUAAAAUACAAUGUGUGAAAAAAAAAGUAUAUAACUAAUAUUUCUCCACUGAAUUAUUUUACACAAAUUUUUAUACACACUGACCCCGAGAGGGACAAGCGGUAAAAAUGGAUGGAUGAAUUCUAAAGACUGUUUGAAUUUUUAAGCACUGGAUUUUACCAAACAUCAUUUUUGAUGAAUAAAAUUUUCAUCAUCAUUUGAUUCAGUUCACAAAAUUCAAACAGAAUUCCGUGACAUAAAUUCAGCGUCCAAAGAAAGUUUUGCUAAUGAAGACACAAACGAGCCUCCAUGUAGUAAAGUUUAGGAUUAAAGCAGAUUGUAGUCCCAGGUUACACACAUGAUUCAUUUCAUUAUAAUCUGGAAUGUCACAAGAAUGCCUAGAUUAGAUUCGGAGGGUUCAACUAGACCAGGGGUCACCAGCGCGGUGCCCGCGGGCACCAGGUCGCCCGUAAGGACCAGAUGAGUCGCCCACUAGCCUGUUCUAAAAAUAGCUCAAAUAGCAGCACUUACCAGUGAGCUGCCUCGAUUUUUUAAAUUGUAUUUAUUUACUAGCCAGCUGGUCUCGCUUUGCUUGACAUUUUUAAUUCUAAGAGAGACAAAACUCAAAUAGAAUUUGACAAUCCAAGAAAAUAUUUUAAAGACUUGGUCUUCACUUGUUUAAAUAAAUUCAUUUAUUUUUUUACUUUGCUUCUUAUAACUUUCAGAAAGACAAUUUUAGAGAAAAAAUACAACUUAAGAAGGUACUUUUGUUUAAAAAUCCUAAAAUCAUUUUUAAAGUUGUAUUUUUUCUCUAAAAUUGUCUUUUUGAAAGUUAUAAGAAGCAAAGUAAAAAAAAUUAAUGAAUUUAUUUAAACAGGUGAAGACUAAAUCUUUAAAAUAUUUUCUUGGAUUUUCAAAUUCUAUUUGAGUUUUGUCUCAGAAUUAAAAUGUUGAGCAAAGCGAGACCAGCUUGCUAGAAAAAAAAUAAUUUUACUUGAACAUUGAUUUAAAUUGUCAGGAAAGAAGAGGAAGGAAUUUAAAAGAUAAAAAGGUACUUUUGUUUAAAAAUCCUAAAAUCAUUUUUAAUCUUUUAAAUCCCUUCCUCUUCUUUCCUGACAAUUUAAAUCAAUGUUCAAGUAAAAUUAUUUUUUUAAUUGUAAAGAAUAAUAAAUACAUUUUAAUUUAAUUUUUCAUUUUAGCUUCUGUUUUUUCGACGAAGAAUAUUUGUGAAAUAUUUCUUCAAACUUGUAAUUAAAAUUCCCCAAAAAAUAUUCUGGCAAAUCUAAAAAAUCUUUAGAAUAAAUUUCAAAUCUUAUUUUAAAGUCGUUUGAAUUUCUUUUAAAAAUGUUUGUUCUGGAAAAUCUAGAAGAAAUAAUGAUUUGUCUUUGUUAGAAAUAUAGCUUGGUCCAAUUUUUUAUAUAUUCUAACAAAGUGCAGAUUUGAUUUUAACCUACUUAAAACAUGUCAUCAAAAUUCUAAAAUUAAUCUUAAUCAGGAAAAAUUACUAAUGAUGUUCCAUAAUUUUUUUAUUUUUUUUUUCAAAAAGAUUCCGAUUAGCUGGAUUUUCCCUUCUUUUUUUCGUUUGAAUUUUAAAGAGUCAAAAUUGAAGAUAAACUAUGUUUCAAAAUGUAAUCAUUUUUUUCCUGUUUUCUCCUCUUUUAACCCAUUCAAUUAAGUGUUUUUUUUUUUCAUUUAUUCUCUACAAAAAAACUUCCGUAAAAGGAAAAAAAAUGAACGACAGAAUUUCCCAUUUUUUUUACAUAUAUACACAUUUAUUUCUGGCAAUUCAUUUAAGUGUGUAUCAAACUGGUAGCCCUUCGCAUUAAUCAGUACCCAAGAAGUAGCUCUUGGUUUCAAAAAGGUUGGUGACCCUUGAACUAGACUAACCAGCUCAGGUAAUUGAGCACAGGAUUUAUCUGGUCUACCCGAUAAAGUCUACAAAGCUAUAAUGAUGAUGGGUAAAUAAAGGAUCUUAAGUACAGACUCUAGCCAGAUAUCAACUGGAUGAAAGCAGACUAAAUGAAGAGUGAUCCAGAAUAAGCGUGGGCCACAUUGAAGUCACAGAGCCAGAAUAUACUCAGGAUUGAAGUGGACUAACAGACUAUAGAUGCAGCCCGGUAAUAAAGUUGUAUCUUGCAAUAAAGUACAUUCAUGUUAUUAAGUUAAUCAUGUCUUAGAUUGGACUCAUCCUAAAAAUGAACGAUCUGGUUCAUGCAAAUAAAAGUACGACAUUUCGUGAGGAGUUUUUGAACGUUGCGUCAUGUGAUGAUUUCAUAUUUACGUUGCAGAACAAACAACUUGUUCAUGUUUUUUGUUUUGUUACAAUCCACAUUUGGCUUGUCGCUGCUGCUUGUUUUUUUCUGACCGUCUUUGUUCUUUUGUCAUCGAAACAAACUUUUCAGGGAACAGACUGUUGCUUGUUUGUCUUUUUAAGUGUCAACUUUCUAUUUAUUUGUUGUUUUGCUGCUCCGUACUGUAGAAAUAUCAACUCUUUUAUGAAGGCAGAAUGGACGGUUAUGUUUAAAAGAGGGCGGUUCCGGACAAAAUCUUGUUUUUUUUCUUUUUUCUUUUUACUCUCACUCUUGGUCGUAUUGUACUGCUUCAAUUGUUUAAUGAAUUAUUACGUUUUGUAAAAAUUUAAUAAAUAAACUUGACAGUU